AUGACGGAGGGAGAUCGUUCUGAUUCUGGUGCUGAUGAUUUUUAUGAUGAUGGCGAGGAAGUUUAUGAUGAUGAAGCUACUCUUGAUGAGGAGGAGAUGUUAGAAGGUGGAGAAGAUUAUGAGGAAGAGCUGAAGGUAUUGGAGGAUGAUGCAAAUCUCCCAGUCGAGGAGCUCCGCCGACGUUACUAUGGGGCUGAUAAAGAGAAGGAUGAAGAUUAUUCAAGCUGUGAGGCUCAGUCGUCUUCUACUCAAGCUGUUGACGACGUGCAUGGUUCAUCUGUUGAAAUUUUAGAAAAUCCUGAAGAGGUCGCUGGGAUCAACAGUGUUGAGAAACCUGGACCUUCAAGUACAAGUGAGGUGGAGCAGAAAGUUGAGUCCCACGGCUAUUUCUCGGAUAUCGAAGACACUGAAGAAGAUGCUGAUUACAUACCUCCUGAUCCAUGGCGAAGAGACGUGCGCGAAGGCCCGGGUUAUCAGGCUUUUGUUGCAGACGCUCCUUCUUUUGAAACUCUGUUUUCAGGCCCAGAGAGAGGUAGUUUGCUGUGGUCACCAAUUCCCGAAUUGACAGAAGAAAAAAUAAACAACUUUCUUAAAGAGUUCUAUAAGUUGGCUUUCAAACACAGUGAGUCGUCCAAGGCAGAAGACCUUUCGCGAUGUAAUGGUUUUGAAGAGCGGCAACCUCUUCGAGACGAUGAAAAUGCCCUCAAAGCUUUAAUGGACGCAGAUUAUAAUGUUGAAAAAGCACUUUCGCUGUAUCCGUAUCCGAAAAUUAAUGCACCACGAAUAAGCGCGCCUGCGGAAUCUAGUAAGUGGACGGAACAGUGUUUACAGGAGUGCAAACUGUUCGAAGAUGGUAUUGAACAGUUUGGAAAGAACUUCAGUUCCAUUCAUCGAAUGAAGUUGCCGCAUCGAACAGUUGGGGAGUUAGUCCACUUUUACUACUUUUGGAAGAAAACUGAGCGCCACGAUAUCUUCGUUGAAAAAACAAGAAUUCAAGAGCAUCCAAAUUGCACUGACUUUAUGGGGCGCAUCAUCGGGCAUAUGGAUGCUGCAACAGGUGAUUCUACGGAACACUUGACUGAUUCAAUAGGUUUCCCAAACUCAGCUCUUCCGUCAAACUUAGAUUCGGCUAACACAAAAAUUUGGCCAGACUAUUGGCCGCAGCAGAAUGAUGCGGCUCCUUUGCCCCAUCUUGACAAUGAUACUAUUGCAAAUGUACUGCGGUGA